UUUAUAUGGUUAAUUAUUUAUACGGUUACGUGUUGAAACCCAGGCAAGCAAAGUGUAUAUAUAAAGUUUUUAGAAGUAUAUAAUAAAAAUUGGGGGAUACAAAUUAUUUAGAUGUUGACGACACGUACAUAUUUUGAUCGGUGCCACUUAGAUAAAGAUGAAAAGGAAGUUAUUAUUAUUUUAAAAUUAUACAUCAAAAUGAAUUUUAUAAUUUGGAAAUGUAUUCCAAUCAAAGUUAAAAAAGACGUGUGUAUUCCACUGGUUAUCCAAGUCUGUUUUUUUCUUUCAUGAGCAAUUGUAGAAAUAAAUAUGCAUCAUAAUUAAAGAGAAAGGAAAAGUUACAAUUCUUUUUAAAAAGUUAAUAGAUUAAAAGUAGGUAUAUGCUCAGAAUAGCAUAUAUAUUUGCUUUUUUGUUAAAGUUUUCCAAAAUUAAAAAUCACCGGACUGUUGUAAAUAGAAAAAUUAUAAAAUUAUAAAUUUUAAUAUUCAAAUACUAUAUUUGGAGAAUAUCAUCUCUAAAUACAAUUAUAUCUUAUGUAAAAUCAUUUUAUAAUUAUCAUUAAUAUUUUGUCAUCCGAAAAAAAUUGUCGAGGUAUGAAAUAGAAAUGAAAUGACCGAGGUGAGAUAUGGGAUUAAAAAAACACUAACAAACUGCUAAAAGAAAUUUAUAAAUAGACGGUGGAAAUGUAUCCAGAACAUUUGACUUCGUGGCCGAGAUGGUUGAAAUGUGUGAUCCAAGUGACCAGAGUCAGCUCAAGGGAGCUAUUAAGUCAAAUAUGGUGUUAGAUAGAGAUAUUGGUCGAGGAAAUUGGAAGGAUGGUCGAGAGAAAAAAGAGAGAUUAUGCGAUGAUAAAAAGAUGGUUCAACGGUUGUUCCGAUACUUGAGAAAAGGACAAUCUAACGGCUGUAUCGAGUAAAGUGGCUGAACUGAAGCUGGGUACUUGUCAGAUAAAGUGUUUGAAACUGUUGAAACAACGCUCAAGAAAAUCAUGAGUAAUGAGAAGAGGACGCGGAGAUGUGGAUCAAGCUUGCGUAGAAUAAUAUCUAAAGAAACCUAUUGUGAGUUUACGCAGUAUCUGCUAAGCCACGCAGUGUCCAAAUGAGUAAACAAUAUAUCACACGAGUUCGAUCACGUAUAUGUAAAAGUGGAAGCUGGCUGUAGGAGCUGACGUUACAAAUACAUUUGUCUUUCCUCAACUCUAAAAGCAUAGUGGAUAUUGGACAAAAAAAAUAUAGUAGAUAUUGGACAUAAGUACAUAACGAAUUGAAAUAUCAAUAUUAAAUUUCUAAAAUUUUAAGAAAUAAUGUGAAUAAAAUGUAGAUUUUUAAAUUACUUUAAAAUAAAAUUGUUUUUGAUCCUCAAAAUAAAAGUGGAUUCUUACGCAACGGGUUUAACUACUCCGGCAAUUUUGCAAAUGUUUAGAGAUUUUAGAAUGAGAAAAAGAUGAAGCUGAGAGAGAGAGUUUGGUAGUAAAUGUCAAUGUGGAGGAGCCAAAAGAUAGCUACUUAGCGAAGUUUAAGUUUGACUGAAACGACAUGUCUUCCAUAGCUUCCAGAGUUCCGGUCUGAACAUCCUAAUCGACGCCGACCCUCGAACUCAUCCACACCAUGACAAGAUCAUCAUCAUGGCAUCGAAUGUCAAACUUCCUUCGAAAGUACCGAAAGAUCCCUCACUCCUCCUUCCAAACGAAAUGGAACGAAACUCUCAAGCACAAACACGCAAUGGAACAACUAAGAACCACUCUCGUCUCAAAUCCAACCUCAAACGGUUCCGUUAUACAAACACUCACAAACUCAUUCCACAUCCACAACUGCAAACCCACCCCACAAGCUUACAGACUCGUCGUCAGAACCCUAGCCAAAUCCUCAAACCUCGAGAGCAUCGCCUCUGUUCUCAACCACCUCGAAACCUCCGAGAAGUUCGAAACGCCCGAACACUUAUUCAAAGACGUCAUCUUUGCUUACGGGCUCUCCGGAAAGAUCCAAGAAGCGAUCGAAGUCUUCUUCAAGAUCCCCAAGUUCAGGUGCGUGCCUUCUGCUUACACGCUAAACGCUCUCCUCUCGGUUCUCGUUAGAAGUAGAGAGAGUCUUGUGAUGGUUCCCGAGGUUUUGGUGAAAGCUAGUGGAAUGGGUGUGAGGUUAGAGGAGUCUACUUUCGAGAUAUUGGUUGAUGCUUUGUGUAAGAUCGGUGAGGUGGAUUGUGCUGGUGAGUUAGUGAAGUACAUGAGUGACGAAAGCUAUAUCGUUGAUCCGAGUUUAUACUCUAAGCUGUUGAGUUCUGUUUGUAAACACAAGGACUCUAAAUGUUUCGACGUCAUUGGAUAUGUCGAAGAGCUGAGAAAGAUUCGGUUUUCGCCGGAUUUGCGUGAUUACACGGUGGUAUUAAAGUUCUUGGUCGAAGGAGGAAGAGGGAAAGAGGUUGUGAGCGUGCUGAACCAGAUGAAAUGUGAUCGAAUAGAGCCUGAUCUCGUUUGCUACACGAUUAUAUUGCAAGGAGUUAUCGCGGAUGAGGAUUACUCGAGAGCAGACAAGUUGUUUGAUGAGCUGCUCUUGUUGGGUUUGGCUCCUGAUGUUUAUACUUACAAUGUGUAUAUCAAUGGUUUAUGCAAGCGGAAUGAUAUCGACGGCGCGGUUAAGAUGAUGGCUUGUAUGGAGAAGCUAGGUUGUGAGGCUAAUGUGGUUACGUAUAAUAUAUUGAUAAAGGGGUUGGUUAAGGGUGGGGAUAUGAGUCGAGCGAAGAGUGUUUGGGAAGAGAUGGAGAGGGAUGGGGUUGAUAGGAACAGUCACACGUAUGAUAUUAUGAUUGGUGGGUUUGUUGAAGUAGACGAUGUUGGUUAUGCUCAGGGUUUAUUGGAGGAAGCUUUUAGCAGGAACUUGGUUGUUAAGAGAUCGAGAACAGAGGAAGUUAUUUGUAGGUUGUGUGAUAAAGGUUUGAUGGAUAAAGCACUGGAACUUUUAGCUCACCUGGUUUAAAGAGGCUUGGUUUGACCAACUCUAUUAUACCUGCAAUUUUUUUAAUGUAUUUGGUCUUGUGGAUGAUAGUUAGAAUUUGUUAGAAAGGAGAUUAAUUUUUUGGCAAGACUUUUGGAAGUAAUAAAACAGAAAGAUAAGUUCUUUAAACA